AUGGACGUCGUGGCAGAACCUUCGAAGAUCUACCUGCUAGACCUCGUGAGUUUUGGAUAUGAAAGCGACGGGGUUGGCAGCCGCGGCCUGGUAGUACCGGACACCUGGGUGCACAACGACUCGCUCCCUGUCGGGACCGUCACGAUUCUCUGCGUCGACGGCUCUGUGGUGACCAGGAAAGCCUACGACGUCAACGUCGUCGACAGAAGCUACUUCCACCCCGGCGAGGUCGUCGGAUCCGCGUCGGACCUCGGCGGGCUCAGCCUGGGCGACUAUGUCGUGUCCGGGCCGUGGCUUGGCCGGGUCGUCGAGGUGUCCACUGAUGUCUACGUGUUAUUCGACGAUGGCGCCAUGUGCAAGGUCCCCGACGCAGAGUCCAAGAUGCUACGAUCAGUGGCCAAGGCCGACGUCCUUUACCGCCCUGACAUGAAUAGCCCUUUUUACCCGGGGCAGCGGGUGACCGGCGACCCAUGUGCCGUCUUCAAGCCCUCCCGGUGGCUCAACGGCCAUUGGAGGCCGGAGCGUAGAGCAGGCACCGUCACCAAGCUCGAGAUGUCCGGCGUCCUCGUCUACUGGAUCGCGUCGGCGCACGGCGGCACCGACCAACAGCUCGUUCAAGAGCUUGCUCCCUCGGCCUAUCAGAGCCCUGGCAAUCUGACCUUCUUUUGCUCCGCGUCUGAGUGCACCUGGGGCGUAGCCGACACGUGCUUCCUUCGAAAAACCACUGACGACUCACUUCCCGCCGCCGCCGAGACCAACAAGGGUGCUCAUGAUGGCAAUCACCAGGAGGAUCAACCCGUCGCAUGUUCAGACGACGAAUAUGAGUAUGACAGUGACACGACAGAAGAAGGUGAGCGCGAAUCUCCAAGCACAGCUACGGUCCUGACAAAGCAGCAGCAGGAGAUGAGGUUUUACCGGAAGCAGCUAAGGAAGGAUUACUUCGAUGGGCACAGGAGGGCGCGAUGCCGUGACGUCGGGAGGUACGUGGAGUUGGACCAGCUGCCCAUGAGCGUGGCUAGCACCCGCACCACCGUCGACGUGUUGUGGCAGGACGGCACACGGCAGCUCGGCGCACCAUCGACGUCCCUCGUCCCCUUCAACAUCUUGAACGAGCAAGAGUUCCUCCCAGGGCAGUUUAUUGUCGACAACGCCUUUCCCGCGGCAAAUGCCCCUGCUGGUGCUGCCAUCGGCGUUACCGGCGACGAUGAUGGCGCAGCUGCUUCCGCGACGAGGCGUGUGGGCUUCGUCAGAAGCCUGGAUUGCAAGGACCAGAUGGUGCACGUCUCGUGGUUCAAGGCAGCGUCACGCCCCGGCCAAGCAAGAGAGAUCGAUUGCAAUGAUACCGUCAGCGCGUACAGCCUAGAAAGGGAGCCUGAACGCUAUGCUUACUAUGGAGAUGUCGUUGUGCGCCUGCUACCAUCGGGAUCAACUGACGGCCCAAGUGCACCGCCGUCACAGGGCAACCAUGAGAAGAAACACGAUCUUUCAUGGGUUGGGCGUGUGGUGGACCUGCCUGAUGGCUUUGUCCAAGUCAAGUGGGGUGAUGGUAGCACGUCAACGGUACGUAAUGCGCUGCCCCACGAGAUCUGUGUCAUCAACGAACAGAAGUACGAUGAACUAGAGGCUGCAAUGGGCGAAUGGGUGGAGGACGACGGCAUUGAUCCAACCCAAGAACCGUCUACCGACUACACGGAAAAUGUUCCACAAAACCCAACGGGCGUCGAUGGCGACAAGGAUCCUGCGGGUAGAGAUGGCCCUGCCGCGAUAACAACAGGCCGCCUCGGUUCUGUCGUCUGGUUUGUGAUCGGAUGGACAAGCAAUGUGUUAGCUCGAGGUAAAAGGUGUCUAGCGGAUUGGUCUUGGUCGCCCUUAUCAGGCUCCGAGUUAUUUGCAGCCGCAGAGAAUGUGGGAGCGCCUGAGACGGUACCUGGUGGUGGUGACCAUCCUAGGGAUGGCGCCGCAAGGGAGGUCAACGAUGCGGACGAUUCUGCCAGUGCGGGGAAGGAGGCUGAAGAUGCUAACGGCAAUGAGGAGCCAUUCCGUUUUCUGCAUUUUGAUGUACGGGAUUGCCCUCCGGAUCACCAUUACCUUGACACCGCAGACCAGGGCGUCUGUCAUGGAAAGAGGUGGGUCAAGAUAGUGCAGAGAGAGUGGAAAAUACUAGAGAACAACUUACCAGAUACCAUCUACGUGCGGGCAUUCGAGAACCGCAUAGAUCUGCUCCGGGCUGUCAUGGUGGGCGCUAGCGGGACGCCGUACCAUGACGGGCUCUUCUUCUUCGACUUUCUGCUGCCACCGUCCUACCCGGACGCGCCGCCGCAGGUGUACUACCACUCGUACGGGCUCCGUCUCAAUCCUAAUCUAUAUGCCUCUGGAACAGUGUGCCUCAGCCUUCUCAACACCUUUGGCGGAGAGGGCACGGAGAUCUGGUCACCAGCGACGUCGAGCCUGCUCCAGGUUCUAGUCUCCAUCCAAGGCCUCGUUCUCAACAACCAGCCCUACUACAAUGAGGUUGGGUACGAAGCUCUGGUCGGCACACCAGAGGGUUGCCGCAACGCUUUGCCGUACAACGAGAAUGCCUACCUACUCACCCUGCGAACUAUGCUCCAUCUACUGCGCCGACCACCUUUGGGGUUCGAGGAGUUUGUCAGAGACCAUUUCCGCCGUCGGGGGACAUUCAUACUGAGGGAUUGUGAGGCGUGUCUUCAGGGGUGCGACGUUGGAACGCUUUGUAGCGAGGCAUGUGCCACCAAGAGGAGUAGCGAGCGGCAGUGCUCACCUGGGUUAAGAUUCACACUCGCCAAUCUGGUGCCAAGGCUCGUUGCGGCAUUCACGGAGAUCGGUGUCGAGGGAUGUGUGUAA